AUGGCAAUCACUACUCUCUUAGCCACCAGCAACGUCGUCAAAUUGGACACAACCAGUUUCUUCUCCUCUUUCUCCGGCAAAACAAACCACUUCUUGUCUCGUCGUUUGUCACAUACAAAACGUAGAGUCCAAGUUACUAGUUGUUGUUACCGUGAGACGUGGUUGAAAGCUGUGACACCGUUAACGAUGCCUGUGACAGAAACAAGUAGCGACAGUACCGGACUUGGAAUCGUUCGUUUCUUGAAAGGGAAGAGCUAUUUCAUUACCGGUGCAACAGGGUUUCUUGGUAAAGUGCUGAUUGAGAAAUUGUUGAGGGCAAGUCCUGAUAUUGGGAAGAUCUUCCUUCUGAUGAAUUCCAAAGAUCAAGAAUCAGCCAACCAGAGACUCUUUGACGAGAUCAUUAGCUCGGAUCUGUUCAAGCUUCUGAAGCAAACACACGAAAGCUCUUACGAAAAUUUCAUGAAGAGCAAGUUGAUUCCAGUAAUUGGAAACAUUGGAGAAGACAAUCUCGGGAUCGAAUCUGAAACAUUAGACAAGAUUACUGAGGAAGUUGAUGUUAUUAUCAAUAGUGCUGGUCGUACAACUUUUAACGACAGAUACGACUAUGCCCUAAAUGUCAAUGUUCUUGGAACUAAUAGGCUCUUGAGCUUUGGAAGACAAUGCAAGAAACUGAAACUUUUCCUCCAUAUUUCAACUGCUUACGUGACUGGUAAGAAAGAGGGAACAGUAUUAGAGACUCCUCUCUGUAUUGGAGAGAACAUGCCUUCUGACUUAAACAUCGAGUCCGAGAUGAAACUAGCUUCAGAAGCUGUAAGAAAGUUCCAUGGCAGUCAACAAUCUAAGAAACUUAAAGAACUUGGUAUCCAAAGAGCUCAAAGCUAUGGAUGGGAAAAUCCUUACACAUUCACAAAAGCCAUGGGUGAAUCUGUAAUUCAUAGCAACCGAGGCGAUCUUCCCGUAGUGAUCAUAAGGCCUAGUUGUAUGGAAAGCUCUUACAAGGAGCCUUUCCCUGGUUGGCUCCAAGGAAUAAGGAUGACUGCUCCAUUAAUCUUGUCCAAUGGAAAAGACAAGAUUCCUGACUUAUUGGGAGAUUCUCAAUCUACUUGUGAUGUUAUACCUGUUGAUAUGGUAGUGAACGCGACAAUAGCAGCCAUGGCAAAGCACGGUUCUGGUGUCUCGGACCUCAAUCUUUACAAUGUCAGUUCAACAUCUAAUCCGAAUCCUCUACGGUUUCGCGAGUUGAUGGACUUGUCUCAUCAGUAUCUUUGUGAAUCUCCAUUGAGAGAAACAUCGAAAGACUUAGAGCGUAUGAAAUUCCACAGUUCCUUAGAGAGUUUCAUUUUCUCUGUAUCCAAGACUAUAGCAAAACAAGAAAGACAGAUGCACAAUGGAGAAGAAGGAGAAGUAGAGUCACAUACCACAUUGAGCAUCAAAGGGAUGAGGAAGCUAAACUAUUUUGUGUCCUUAGCAACAACAUAUCAGUCUUACCUGUUCUUUCAAACUCGGUUUGACGAUACGAAUACAAGGAGUCUGUUUCAGGAGAUGUCAAUGGAAGAGAGAAAGAUGUUUGAGUUUGAUGGCAAGUGCAUUGAUUGGGAGGAUUACAUUAUCAAUGUUCAUCUUCCAGGUCUCAAGAGGGAAAUAUUCAGGAAAUAUCCCAUCUUAAAAGAGAGUGAUUUAAGAGACAACUAUUAA